UCCCAGCGGAUUCUUUUUUCAGCCCAAAUUUUCGGCUGGAAUUAUUUAAAAGCAAUACAAGUUAGCCAGUGAUUAGUCUUAAGCUACCUGGUAAGCGAUUAUUAGUGUUCCACAAACCAAAAGGUGCACACAAGUGCACGCAUGACGCACACAUCCGCACGCAUCGGCUGGGCCAUCGAACCAUUUAACCGGUUAUCGCAGUUUCCGUCCUCGAGCCAUUCUAUCUGGUUGAACUGCUUCAACCGCUUCGCAGCAACCCAUCCGUCUUCGAUUCUCUAGAGUGGGGCGAGCAGACGUGUGCUUGCUUUCCUUUGUGGUUGACCCGUUUGUUUCGUGAAUGUUUUAGCCCAGCCUGCCCAGCUUGGAGCGCAGCGCCACUACUUUGCUCAAAAUAGUACGUGUGAACAGCGAAAGAGGAUGGCCAAUGCGGUACCGCACCUAUCGCUGUCGAUUGGUGAGCAUUCGGUCAACGAAGGCGCCCUCGAGAUACUGAAGGUUAUCAGACCGAACUGGCACACCAGCGAUGUUCGUUUUAAGCUAUUCACAGACGGUAUCACGAACAAGCUGGUCGGAUGCUUCAAUCAACCCAAUCAAAACGACAAUGGCCAAGCGCCCUCCAAGCAAAACAAAGGCAGCCCCGUAGAUGCGACCCUAGACAAGGAUGUCGUGCUGGUGCGUGUGUACGGCAACAAGACGGAUUUGCUGAUCGAUCGGCGCAAGGAGGUUGAGAACAUACUGCUCCUCCACCAGCACGGUUACGCACCGGCCCUGUACGCGACCUUUGACAACGGGCUGGCGUAUGCGUAUGAGGCGGGAGUAACAUUGACGCCGGUAACCUGCCAGGAGGAGCGCGUCUGGCCACUGGUGGCCCGCCGUAUGGCGCAGAUCCACAAGGUGCGUCCGACCGAACCGGCCAACCCGGGGCCAGCGUUGCCGGCGAAGGUGCAUCAGUUCCUCCAGCUGGUACCGGAGCGGUUCAGCGAUCCCACCAUCAACGAUCGGGUAUGGCAGACGUUUCCACGUGCAAGCGAACUCCGGGCCGAGUUCGAUGCGCUCUAUGCACGGCUCCUCGCGCUCGGCAGCCCGCUCGUGUUCUGCCAUAACGAUCUGUUGCUCGGGAACGUGAUCUACAACGAGGCGCAUGCGAAGGUGACCUUUAUCGACUACGAGUAUGCGGCACUGAAUCAUCAGGCGUUCGAUAUCGGCAACCACUUUACCGAGUUCGCCGGUGUCGACGAGAUCGACUACGAGCGCUAUCCGUCGCGGGAAUUCCAGCAGCGUUGGUUGCGCGAGUACCUGCUGGAGUACGGUGCGACUGAUGACGCACCACCACCAUCCCCCAGUGUCACCGUGAGCGCGGUGGAACGCCUGUACGUGCAGGUGAACCAGUACGCCCUGGCGUCGCAUUUUCUGUGGGCCGUGUGGGCACUCGUGCAGGCGGAACAUUCGACCAUCGAUUUCGAUUUUGUGCGGUUUGGCGCGACCCGAUUUCUUGAGUACCGCCGAAAGAAGGACGAAUUUCUCCGACUAACCCUCCCGGAGUAGGGUGGCGCCCUGGGUCGGUGUUCUGCCUGCUAGCAGCAGCAACAGGCAGCGUAUUGAAACUCAUUCCUCAAUUUGUUUUGUUUUUUUUUUGUUUUUUUUUUGUUGUCAACCACAUACCAGCUGGGUCUUAGUUUUGUUUUUGCUUUUAGAAUUCCAACAGGCAACUCCUAACGGUGCCUUUUCAUUCUCCUUGUUGCUUGUUUUGGCCACAACACAAUUCCAACAUAACUCUAAUUCCAAUUCCAAUUUAAUGCUAGAGCCUACUAUUUGUUCCGUGUGCACCGUGUCCGGUUUUCUCGUGCGAUAUUCCAACCAUUCCGUCAAAAAGGAAAUUUUAAACGAUCGUUGAUUAUUUUAUUCUACUCGACAAAUUUGUUUUCCUUUAUUCCUAUGUUUCGUGUCGCGAAGAAAAAUAUAGCGUACUCGGUCCGGUCGACACUACCAUUCGUCUAAUCGAGGACGAAAUGAGCCACUGGCUCCGAGAGCAUUUGAAUUAUCGCACAGCACUGGUUAUAAGGGGCUCUCGUGCCUAUCUGUCAAUCACAAAAAAGACGAGAAAAUACGCGAUAUUGUUAGAGAAAAUAUGAAAACACGCAGCGCAAGAUAUGUUGAAUAAACUUGCAAUAACGCAUUUGUUACAAAUCCGA